UUCGACAUUUGGUGUCAUCUGUCUUCAGCUUCAGCACCCUAGUUACGUACCAUGCCUUUUCUACAUGGAAAAUUUUUUCGCAAACCUGAAGAUAAUUCUCAUCAUGUACCUUGUACACCACUACCACCGCAUCCUCCACCACGAGUAACGUGGCUUCUUUCACCACCACUACCACCAUCACGACCACCACCACACUCUGUCAAUCAGUCAUUCUCACCAUUCCUGAUCAUCAUGUUUGGUGGCCUUGUGGUUUCUAUCUUUUUCAUUCUUUACCUCACAUGUGCCGUAAGAUACCGAAGGCGCGGAUCAAACCACGCGAUCAGAGAUCAUGAAACCCGAGAAGAUUUCGUUAACGAGAAUCUUGGUCCACUCAUGCUCAAUCCCAUCUGGUUGAUCAACACAAUAGGCCUUGACCAGUCACAGAUCGACUCCAUCCAAGUGUUCAAGUAUAAACGAGGCGAAAAGCUGAUCGAAGGGACCGAUUGUUCGGUUUGUUUGAGUGAGUUUGAAGAUGAUGAAAGCCUUAGGCUUUUACCCAAGUGCAGCCAUGCCUUUCAUGUCCCUUGUAUUGACACUUGGCUCCGGUCUCAUAAGAAUUGCCCGUUGUGUCGAGCGCCAAUCUUUAAAAACACGAAUGAUCUAACCGAAUCACAUGCUAUAACCCAGUCGAAUUUGAUUGAGUCAAGUACAAGUGGGACAACAGAAACACCAGUUAAUGAUACUGAACCUAUUGACAAUCAUGAUCAUGGUCAUCAUGUAAUUGAUGUUGAAAAUAAUGAAGAAAUUGUGAAAACUGAUUUGGGUGAUCACCAUCACGUACAAGGUGAAGAUUUGGUAGCAAUGAGGAGAUCAGUUUCAAGUAGUCAUUUCCUCAUGUCGAAGAAACUGAAUAGCAUGAAAAAAAGUGGACAUAAGCACAAAGGGUCGAGUUCUAGCAUUCACAUAAGCGGUCGAGUAACGAAGAGUGCUUCGUUUGCGCGUUCGUUUCGAAAGGCGAAUAGUUUUACAAGCAAGUGUCGUCCUUAUAAUCAAUCUUAUUGAGUAUGAGGAUUGAGAUUAUACUAUUACCCAGCUAGUAUAUAGUUUAUAUAUAUAAGUUGGGAACUUUGAUAAGGUUUUUAUUGCCGGAUUGGAUGGUCGGUUAUACUCCUUUGUUUUUGUAGUGUUGAAACAAGCUCAUUUUGUUCAAAGCCUGUGUAUAUGUAUGUAUUGCUUCGAUAUUUUUACCAGUCAUGGAUUAUAUAUAGCUAUGAUCGAUAUC